AUGACUUUUCCUAUGAACUUUAUAAUGUAAAUAUUUAAAUGGAUUAAGAUUUUAACAAUAAUUUAGAGAGAAAAGUUUCAUAAUUGCAUAUAAAUACAUACAGUUGAAUACCAUUAGGAUAUAGAGAAAAUAUUUGUAUUGGAAGAGUAUAAUUAACAAGGGAAUUUGCAUGAUUUUCUUAAGAACAAUCAGAAUUUUACAAACAACUAGAUUAUAAAUUGCUUACUUGAUAUUAUAAAAGGAUUAUAAUAAUUAUCCUAACAUCAAUAUAUGCAUAGAGACAUUAAACCUCAAAAUAUUGUAUUUGAUGGAACAAAAUUUAAACUUAUAGAUUUCGAAACCUGCAAAUAUUAUGGCUAAGAUUUCUCCAAAUUACAGUCUCGAAUAGGAACUUUUAUUUGUAGAGCUCCUGAAGUUUAACUUGAUUUUGCUUAUUCAUCCAAAUGCGAUGUUUGGAGUAUUGGGUGCUUGCUUUAUUAUAUAUUAUAUAAAUCAUUUCCUUUAUAAAAUUAUGAUCCAUUAUAACUUCUACUAUUGUAUUAGAAUAAUCAUUAAUUAAAAUUCCCAUCUUAAAUAAUAAAUAAGGAAUUAAAUGGUUUGCUGUAACAAAUGCUUAAAAUUAGGGAGAUUGAUAGAAUUAGUCUUAAUACUCUAUAUUUUUUAUUGAAGAUUAUUAAAUGCUUAAUUAAAUUCAAUAUCAAUAAUCCUGAAGAAAAUCUUGCCUCUUUGAUUGAGAGGAUAUAACUUAUUAUGUGCUCUGAAACAAAUUAAGAGAUUUGCAAAAAAAUAUACAUUUGUUUUAAGACACUUCUUAUUUACUAAAUAAAUACAGAGAACUAAAAUGAUUAAUAAAGGGAAAAGUUGAAACGUGCUACUUAAGAAAUUAUAAGAGAAUUCGAAAAUGAACAAAUUUUUUUAGAUUUGAUGAGAUAGAUUAACUAAUAAAUAUAGGUAUGA